CCGCCCACUCCGCCGGAAGCGCCGCGAGGCGUUCGAAACCCGGCGCGAGUCGGAAGCGGCGGCGCGAUGCCCGUGGAGGAGAGCGGCGGAGCCUCGUCCGGGAGCCACGCAGGACACCUUCAGGAAGACAUGGGUGCAGAAGCUGGAGCCACCGAAAUCACAGCAGCGAUGCUGCAGGAGGAGAAGCAGCUUGAGGCAGAAGGAAUAGAAGAGGAGAGGCAGAUAAUGGAGAAGGCUCGCAUGUCCUGGGACAGAGACUCAACUGAAAUGCGCUACAAGAGGCUUCAACACUUGCUUGAGAAAAGCAACAUCUACUCGAAGUUCUUGCUGACCAAAAUGGAACAGCAGCAGCUGGAGGAGCAAAGAAAGAAAGAAAAGCUAGAAAAGAAGAAAGCAUCACCAAACACUACAAAGAAUGAAAAUGAUGGAAGAGAAGGCAAAUUGGCUACAAAAAAGAAGAGAGCCAGAGAAGACGAAACCUACAGUAUUUCGGAAGUCAUAUCGAAAGAGGAAAUCUUGUCGGCAGCAAAGAAAAGCAGAGUUGAAAAUCAGAAUGAAAGCUCUCCUCCAAAACUAUGUACAGAAGAACUCCAGAAUAACGGGGACUCAAAUAGCAUCAUCAAGGACAGACUAGCACAGGCGGUGCGUAACACUGCCAAGCAGUUUGUCGACCCAGUACGGAAAUUUAACGGGCAGCCCGUGCCUUUUCAACAGCCCAAGCUCUUCACUGGAGGAAUAAUGAGGUGGUACCAAGUUGAAGGCAUGGAAUGGCUUAGGAUGCUCUGGGAGAACGGCAUCAAUGGCAUUUUGGCUGAUGAAAUGGGCUUAGGCAAGACAAUCCAAUGUAUCGCAACGAUAGCAUUGAUGAUAGAGAGAGGGGUCACUGGGCCAUUUCUGGUAUGUGGGCCCCUGUCCACGCUUCCUAACUGGAUGGCAGAAUUCAGAAGGUUUACUCCUAAGGUUCCUAUAAUGCUGUAUCACGGGACCCAGCAAGAACGGCGUUCGUUGGUUCAUAAAAUCCGAAAGAGAGAUGGCUCUCUGAAUGUCCAUCCUGUGGUCAUUACUUCUUUUGAAAUAGCUAUGAGAGACAGAAAUGCCCUUCAGAACUUGUACUGGAAAUACCUGAUAGUGGAUGAAGGACACAGGAUUAAGAAUAUGAAUUGCCGCCUUAUACGGGAAUUAAAACAGUUUCGCACUGACAAUAAACUUCUGUUAACUGGAACUCCCUUGCAAAACAACUUAUCUGAGCUUUGGUCCCUGCUUAAUUUUCUGCUUCCUGAUGUGUUUGAUGACUUGAAAAGCUUUGAGUCCUGGUUUGACAUCACUAGUAUAUCGGAAAUAGCAGAAGACAUUGUUGCUAAGGAAAGAGAACAGAACAUCUUGCAUAUGCUGCAUCAGAUUUUGACCCCUUUCUUGCUGAGACGACUGAAAUUGGAUAUCGCUCUAGAAGUUCCUCCCAAACGUGAAGUUGUAGUCUACGCGCCCCUGGUCAAGAAGCAAGAAACUUUCUACAGUGCCAUUAUAAACAAGACCAUUCGAAAGCUGCUGGGAAACAGUCAGGAAGAAGCUGUUGAGCUGAGCUCUACAGGCCGGCCAAAGCGGCGCAGUCGGAAGGUGGCUAGUUACCGUGAGCUUGAUGAAGAUGAUUUUCCUGAUCGACUGGAGCAGAUGAUAGCCGAAAUGCAAGAGGAAGUUGAAAAAGAGAGGCCAGUAAUAGAAAUGAGCACGCCGUUGGAUUCAGAAAUCAACCUGAAGUUGCAGAACAUUAUGAUGUUACUGAGGAAGUGUUGCAACCACCCAUACCUUAUUGAAUAUCCAUUGGACGCUGCCACCCAGCAGUUUAAGGUCGACGAGGAUCUAGUGAAGAGUUCGGGCAAAUUCUUACUCUUGGAUCGCAUGCUGCCAGAACUAAAAAAACGAGGACACAAGGUGCUGCUGUUCUCGCAGAUGACAAAAAUGUUGGAUAUUCUGAUGGACUAUUGCUAUCUGAGGUCGUACGAGUUCAGUCGCCUAGACGGGUCCAUGGCGUAUGCAGAGAGGGAAGAAAACAUAAAUAAGUUCAACACAGAUCCGGAGGUUUUUAUCUUUCUGCUGAGCACACGGGCUGGAGGUCUUGGCAUUAAUUUGACGGCAGCGGACACAGUAAUUAUUUAUGACAGUGACUGGAACCCACAGUCUGACCUCCAGGCUCAGGACCGAUGUCACCGAAUAGGCCAGACGAAGCCGGUGGUCGUCUAUCGCUUUGUAACUGCAAACACCAUCGAUCAGAAGAUUGUGGAGAGAGCUGCUGCCAAAAGGAAGUUAGAGAAGCUGAUUAUCCACAAAAAUCAGUUUAAAGGUGGGAAAUUUGGAAUAAACCAGUCGAAGAGUUGCUUGGACCCCAAGGAAUUAAUGGAGCUGCUACAGUCCAGGGACUACGACAGAGAGGUUAAAGGAUCAAGAGAAAAAGUAAUAACUGACAAAGAUUUAGAGCUACUGCUGGACAGGAGUGACCUUAUCGACCAAAUGAAAACUUCUGAGCAACUUAAAGAGAAAAUGAGAGCGUUCAAGGUUUUAGAAAACUCUGAAGAUGUCAGCACAGAGAGUGUGUUUUGAGAUACAGGCAGUUGGUGACUGUAACCUUACAGUUGCUUUGUUCUUAAGAGUUCAGAAAUGCAUUUCAGACUAUUGUUUUGGUUGUAUCAUUUUCCAGAAAGAAAAUAAGGCUAAACAUUACUAAGUGUAGAUGUGAAAAGAGAGCUUUUGGACUCCCCUUGGAUUUUAGAUCCUCUGACUUUGUACAAACUGGAAAGCUAAAGACUACUAUAGUUUCCUGUGGAAGUUCUGAUAAAUGGUAGGAUUUGGAGUUUUUGGUUUUUUUACUUCUCAGUAUGCUUACUCCUUGCCCUCAACUAUAGUUUUAUUUGGUCAAUGUAUUUUGUUUCAAAGUCCAAACCUGUAUGACUUCAGUUUUUGAUAAUUUUGCUAAAUAAAUUGUUUUGUAACAAGCAG